CUCAAGGUACAUUAGGCGCACGUUACUGUAGUUUUACUGUAUUUAGAUGUGUUGCGGUUCUCGUAGAUUCCCUUGGCUGUUUCAAUCAGUAAUUUUAUGCAUGAGUCAUUACGAGCUAAGCUAUCUUUCAUUUUUGUUUACUGUUUAUUUAAGUACAACCGCGCACACUCCGUCCUCUGCGUCACUCUGACCAGAAAAAUGCGCUGCGCUCUAAGCUACAGAACGAACGAGUGUUUUGUUUUUGUUUUUUCUUCUUUGUUUCUUUGUGUUCGCUGUAGCUUCGGUAGCUUCCUAUAGCGACACGUGCGGCCGCACGCUGUUGGCUUCGUUUUCAUUGGCUUCAGUAAUCGCUGCAUGCGGGCGUUGUAGGCUGCCGCAGAGGCAGCGUAGCCUGCGGAGUCGUGCUGGAUUGCGUCGCUCAGCGUAAGGAUGAGCGCGGCACGUCAGGCGUUGUCGGUAUCUCGCACGCGUUUGUUAUCUGCUGAUCGCGACGAUCUGCUGCCGCGGACCCGAAGCCCUCUCCAGUGCGUCGGCGUGCGGUCGUCCUGACGCGAUGUCGGCGGGCAACGCGACGGCGGCCGACACGCUGCAGGCGUACAGCAUGGGCACCUACUUCGCGACGUCCGUGUGCCCGACGUGGCUGCCCACCAACCACAUACUCUUCCAGAUGGCCAACAUAUUCCUCUUCCUCUCGUACAUGGCGCCCGCGGGCCUCUACGGGCUCCUCUACCUGCGCGUGUGCCUGACAGUCGGCAGCUUUUUCUUCGCCCUGUGGGGCUACGUUAUUUUGUGCGCCUUCGACACUAUGGUGUGGAACGCCUUCUUCACUGCCAUCAACCUAGUGCAUGUGUGCGUGCUAAUGUAUGUACUGCGGCCGGUGAGACUGGCGCCCCACAUGGAGGUCGUGUACCGCGAGCUCUUCCAGCCGCUCAAAGUGUCGCGCCAGCAGUUCCAGGCGGCGGCAUCCUGCGUGAAGACGCUGAAGGAUGUGGAACCGCACGAGACGUACGCGGUGGAGCACGUCACGCGCGCCGAUUGCUUGACGCUCGUGCUGAGCGGCAGAUUCCUGGUCUCGCACAAGGGCCGGCCGCUGCAGAUCGUCGACCGGCUCGAGUUCCUGGACUCGCCCGAGUGGUUCGGCGUGUGCGGCAGCGGCGGCGACAACUUCCAGGUGACCAUGACGGCCAUGGAACGCUGCCGCGUGAUUGUGUGGAACCGCGACAAGCUCAAGCUCACCAUCAGCGGCGACACCUUCCUCCAGGCCGUGUUCGACAACGUGGUCGGAAAGGACGUGGUGCGCAAGCUGCUCUUCGUCACCGAAUCAACUCAGAACAACCCGAACGCCGAGAACGCGUCGGAGACGACCAAGCUGCUCAUCCAGAUGAAAGAGAACGCUGUUCGCGCAGCGUCUCACGGAGAGAAGGACGACGCUCUGGUGAGCGUGUGGAGCUGGGGCCGACGACCCUGCUAUCGUUCAGACCCCGAGACGGCAGUCUAACUCACCGGUGCCUCAUUUGCUGCGAGGUCACACAUCAUGGUUGCCAAAUGCAUUUUUCAUCAUUAAACUGUUCUUCCGUGUUUGAAA